AUCAAUCUUGAUAAAAAUGGUGAAGAAAAUGAAGACAAUAAUAAAGAAAAUGAAAACAACAACGAAGAAAAUAAAGCAAAAGAAGCUGAAGAAAACGAAGAAGUCAAAGAAGAGAAUGAAGAUGA